GUGGUGCGAAGACAAAAGAAACAUUUCCGCUCUCACUGUCCUCGGAAGAAGAACCUCCAAGCCUUUGUAGGACGAUGCUGUCGCUGAGAGGAGAGCGUGGAUCGGGGCGCUGGCUCCUGGCGCUCGCACUCUGCGUUGCAUGGUCGGGAUCGAGCGCGCUGCCGGCGCACAGAGGGCAGCCGCAGAAGCUGCUGCUCGUCUCGUUCGACGGAUUCCGCUGGGACUACGACACGGACGUGGACACCCCGAACCUGGACCACCUGCGCACCAUCGGGGUCGCGGCGCAACACAUGGUGCCGCCUUUCGUCACGAUGACGUCUCCAUCGCACUUCACCCUCGUCACUGGGAGGCACCCGGAGUCUCACGGCGUCAUUCACAACAUGCUGUUCGAUCCAGAGACCGGAGAAAAACGCAACUUUAAGAAAACGCAACUGCGCUCCGAAUGGUGGAACCAGACCCUCCCCAUCUGGAUCACGGCGCAGAACCAGGGCCUGAAGACCGGCUCGUUCCACUUCCCCGGCGGAGCUGCCACGUACUCCGGUCAGACUCCGUCCAAGGCCGUGGCGGAAGCGGACGAUCAUCCGAACAGCAACGUGACCGAGUGGCUCCUCAACAUUGACAUUGUCAUGGACUGGUUCGUCAAAGACGGCCUCGACUUCGUGGGCCUGUACUAUGGCGAGCCGGACUCCACGGGCCACAAGUAUGGACCAGAGACGGAAGAGCGGCGGGCGAUUGUGAAAAAGGUGGACGAGACCAUCGGCUUCCUGGUGGAGGCCAUCGAGAGGAGCGGCCUGAAGGACACCCUCAAUGUCAUCAUCACCUCGGACCACGGCAUGCUGACGACUCAGAAAGCUCCAGACAUCAAUGAAAUUGUGCUGUCAAAUUUCAUUAACUUCACAAGGGACCUCAAGUUUGACCUGGUGGACUAUGGACCGUCCGGCAUGCUUCUGCCCAAGGAAGGGAAGGAGGUGGAAGUUUACCAGAACCUGAAGGGUGCCCACCCGCACCUGCACGUUUAUAGGAAGGAAGAGUUCCCAGAGCGCUUUCACUACCGCAACCACGAGCGCAUCCUGCCCAUCUUGGUGUACGGAGACCCUGGCUACGUGGUCAAUGGCAGGAUGAUAUUCCAGUUCAACAAGGGCGACCACGGCUACGACAACGAGGUGCCCGACAUGUGGACCAUCUUCCGCGCCUUCGGACCUCGCUUCCGUCAGGGCUACGUGGCGGAGCCGUUCGCCAGCGUGCACGUGUACGCGCUCAUGUGCGAGCUGCUCGGGGUGCAGCCCGAGCCGCACAACGGCUCCCUCGACGUCACCCGGGACAUGCUCGCCGACUCGCAGAGCACGACUCCUGCUGAUGUUACGACUUGGGCUUCUGCUCCGGCUACUACGGCUACUACUACUAUAAAGGCUACUACUACUACUAAGGCUACUACUACUACUACGAAGGCUACUACUACAAAGGCUACUCCUACGACUACAAAGGCUACUACUACUAUAAAGACUACUACUACAAUGGCUACUACUACUACAAAGGCUACUCCUACUACUACAAAGGCUACUACUACUACUACAAAGGCUUCGACUGCCAACUUGCCGGAUGACCUUGGAUCCUCCACCCGUCUAACCCCUGGCUUGACAAAAAGAUUCAUCGGCCUGCUCGCAAUCACCACGGUUCUUUUCUCGUCUUCACUGUGGCAGUAGCCUACGCCACCCAGAAAGCAACCACUGAAAAGCCUCAACCCAAGAUCGUGAUGGAUGUACAUGAUACACCGAUGUCGCGUGUAUUUCUUGAAAUGAUUGAGCAGUAAUUGCACAAAUUUUAAGCAUUACAAACAUAGCUUCUUAUUCAAUACAUUAACCUUCACGUAGGGAGGUAAAUUGAUUUUCGGAACUUAAGGACUGAUGUACAGUCUGUCAUUAAUUUGUCGAAGCUUCGCUGCAGAUCCUUGCUUCGAGCUGAAUUUAUCAAAUGGACUCAUUGAAGUUGAAAUAUAAUUUUGCUUUUAAAUCUUUAUAUUUUCAGUUCAGAAUGUUUUAAUGAAAUCCAGACUAAAUAUUUAAUGCUUCUUAAUCUUAGUUUAACACAUACCAUUUCAAAACUGCUUAUUAUUCAAGUGCUGUUUUCUGGGAUUUGCUUCGUGUUGAGAAUGUCUCCUACUCUUAGUUCUUUCGGUAAAGUCACGUAGGUAAAAAAUGAAAUUAAAAUUAAUAAAAAUAAAACAAUAAAAAUCACGUGACUUUACCGAAAGAACUAAGAGUGUGAAUCCUUGCAGUCACGAAAGUUUCAUCUCUAGAGAGAAUUUCUCCUCUCAAGCUUUCGCCUCACACUGCUGCGGGUAACUUGAGCAGUUUAAAUUAUGUUUUUUUUUACUUAAAUGUUCAACACGCAGACCCACCCAGAAAUCCGCGUUUGUAACGUUGCUGCAUUGCAAGAGAUAACUAACAGAUGUUGUUCGCAGUAAUCUGUAUUUAAUAGUAAACGACCAACUCGCACAUCAUUUGGAUGCGACCGUCUGUCUGUCCCCCCCAGCCAGCCAGCAAAACGUUUACUCUUAUAUCGAGCCCUUUCUCUCCACCUUUCUUGUGCCUUCUCUGCAAUGUAUAUCGCAAUUUAUCUACAUUUCUGACUUUGCCUUAUUUCUCUGUCUCCUCUUCUACCCUCUCCUUCCCUCUGCAUUUCUCUCCUCCCUACACUGUAUCCCGCCCACUUCCCACCUAUCCCUGUUUUUUGCGCACCCCUCAUCCUCACUUUCUUUGUUCCCACCUCUCCCUUGCCCGUCUCGUUCCCUCUUGUCUCUCCUUAAUCCUCACACCUACUGAUUAGUGCUUUCCGUCGCUCCCCUCUUUCCAUUUUUCUCUUUGCAUUUUUGCACUCUUCCUCUCCAAUUCACGCCCUUUCACUCUCUGCUACCUCUCUCAGUUGCUCUCCGUUUCUUCCUCCCUCCCUCUCUCUGCCUUCCUAAUUUCCCUCCACUCUCUGCUUUGUCACAUUUGCACAGGAAGCCACUGGAGCUAGGCACUUUUAAAUCUGGAAUGAAAACUAAUUUCUUUAGAACUGCUUUUUGUGGUCGGUUUGUUGUCCUUCCCCGCACCUCCGAUUAGCACGAUUGGCUACGUACGGUGCGAAAGAAGUUCAACAUACAUGUGGGCUUGGGGGGGUGACGUCAAAGCGCACAGAUCCUACGCACGGCUGUGGAAUGCGGGUGGCGUUAUCACGCGCGGUGGCGUUACUACCACGCACGCGCACUUGAGUGCUAGUCGGCCAGACAGACAGGAAUCCAGGCAGGAAGAAAGCCAGCCAAUGUUUGUUUGUCUUUGAAUAUGGUUGCAAAUGCGCAUACCGCACUGUAAGUUUCUCGACGUAAAGCUUUCGUGACUGCAGGAAUUCAUACUCUUUGGGUCUUUCGGUAAAGUCACGAAGAUAGAAAAAUAAAAAAAAUGAAAUCGACGUUUCGAUCGCAACACAAGCAAUCGUCUUCAGGUGAAAAACUACAGCAGGCGGAAUGCUGUGUUGCGAUCGAAACAUUGUGAUUUUUAAUGUUUUUUUUUCUAUUGACGUGACUUUACCGAAAGACCCAAAUAGUACGUAAGUUUCUCAUCAAAUUAACGACAAGUAAAACUGGCGCAGGUGAUACCGUAA